AUGGCUAGAUUAGCCGCUCCAAGAGCCACCUUGUCCAAGAGAACUUUCUCGCUUUUGGCCAAGGCCACCGUUGCUGCCCCAAAAUCACAGGCUCCAUUGAUGGCUAUCCGUGGUGUCAAGACCAUCAACUUUGGCGGCACCGAGGAAAUUGUCCACGAAAGAGCUGACUGGCCAAAGGAAAAAUUGUUGGACUACUUCAAGAACGACACCAUGGCCUUGAUUGGCUACGGUUCUCAGGGUUACGGUCAAGGUUUGAACUUGAGAGACAAUGGUUUGAACGUUAUCAUUGGUGUGCGUAAGAACGGUGCUUCUUGGAAGGCAGCCAUUGAAGACGGCUGGGUGCCUGGUGAAAACUUGUUUGACGUUCACGAGGCUAUACAAAGAGGUACCAUUGUUAUGGACUUGUUGUCCGAUGCCGCUCAGUCGGAAACUUGGGAGUCCAUCAAGCCUUUGUUGACCGAGGGCAAGACCUUGUACUUUGCCCACGGUUUCUCUCCUGUUUUCAAGGAGUUGACCAAGGUUGAGCCACCAUCCAACAUUGACGUUAUUUUGGUUGCUCCAAAAGGUUCCGGUAGAACCGUGAGAUCCUUGUUCAAAGAAGGCAGAGGUAUCAACUCCUCCUACGCGGUUUGGAACGAUGUCACUGGUAAAGCCGAGGAAAAGGCCAUUGCCAUGGCCAUUGCUGUUGGAUCAGGUUACGUUUACCAAACCACUUUUGAAAGAGAAGUCAACUCUGACUUGUACGGUGAGAGAGGAUGUCUCAUGGGAGGUAUCCACGGUAUGUUUUUGGCCCAAUACGAGGUCUUGAGAGAAAACGGCCACACCCCAAGUGAAGCCUUCAAUGAAACCGUUGAAGAAGCCACCCAAUCCUUGUACCCAUUGAUUGGUAAAUACGGUAUGGACUACAUGUACGACGCAUGCUCGACAACUGCCAGAAGAGGUGCUUUGGACUGGUACCCAAGAUUCAAGGACGCUUUGAAGCCUGUUUUCGAGGACUUGUACGAAAGCGUCAGAAACGGUUCCGAGACUCAAAGAUCUCUCGACUUCAACUCGCAAGCUGACUACAGAGACAGAUUAGAAGAAGAAUUGAAAACUAUCAGAGAUAUGGAAAUCUGGAGAGUCGGCAAAGAAGUUAGAAAAUUGCGUCCAGAAAACCAGUAA